AUGGCUCUCUCCAAGGUACAAAAUUUUACGUCAAUUCUCGGAAAUAAUUCUAAUGAAAAGAUUAAAAGUGAUAUCAAUAUGUACGACACAUCAGGAAAUAAUUGCAUAUCAGACACAAAUAGAUGCCGGGAGUAUAAUCCAUGGAAUUACGAUUUGAUGAGUCGGAAUACUAUUCACAAGGUGGAGGAUGAAGAGACACAAGACUUAAACAACAGCAUGGUAAAUGACUUGGUGUCAAAAGUUCUUGCCGACGAUCCGGCAACAGACCAACCAAUCUACAACUACAACCUCAAUCAGUACCACGAUCUAGAUUUACUAAAACCCCAGAGCCAGAGUUCUUACUUUAAAAAUGGAAGUUCAAAUUCAAAUUACGAGUCUCAGUAUCGCUACAUCCAGAAUCAGCCAGAAAACCGGGACAUCUUGGACAUUUACUCGAACUUAGAGUCACUUUGCAUCAACGAUCUGGUGUCUCAAGACACCUUCAAUGUCAACAGUCAGUUCAAGAACGUAACUGCGUACAACGACGAUUUUAUAUCUUCAAAGUUCACAGCAAGCGGGCUCCAAGUUCAACAUCAACCUCAACCUCAGUCUCAGUCUCAGCCUCAGCCUCAAUAUCAACCUCCAUCGCAGUCCCACCAGACUCCUUGGACAGACUUCGAGGACCCGUUUGACAGUUACCAACAGUUUCCGUGUCACGAUUUAAAUUUCAACACAAUCUCGCCUUCUGCCUCAACUUUGCAUGACCAUCAAGAUUUAAGUCACCCAGCAAGUGGAGCUUCGCUGAUAAAUAUCCAAGACUUCAACAAUACAAAUCAAUCUUACCACCGGCCCGGUUCUGCAAUGACUGAUUUUUCAACAGACUCUGGAUUUUUAUCAAACUCUCCGCUGCAAACUCAGCACUUGUCGCCAGAUUUUAACCAUUUUUCAUCAUACCGCUACGACGAUCCUAUUAAUUCUCAAAAUUUAGCAACGUCAUCCCUGAUGUCCAAUUCUGGGCUAAAAAAUUUCGAUAAACUGGACUACGAUUACAAGACACGGACUGAUUACAUAAACAAUUAUCAUGAUAAUGAUCAUGAAUUUAAAUCAAUGGCAGUUAAUCAAAAAAUUGACGAUCAGUUAGUUAAAAUGUUCGCAACAUCAACAAUUAAGAUAAAAGAUCAUCAAAAUCACGGUCUGAACCAUCAAAAUUUUUCUAAUCAUCAUAAUCAAUUACCGAGUCAUCAAAAUCAACUACCAAAUCAUCAAAAUUAUUUAAAUCCAGGUCAAAAUUGCUAUCCAUAUCGUCUCACUCGUAUUAAUGGGCAAGGUACUACUCAACCAAUAACAAUGGACCAAUUAAAUAAAUACAAUUAUCCAUUAAAUAUUGAACAAAAUUAUCCACAACGUUACACUGCCAAUAAUACUGACUUGAAAUCAAGUUCUACUAUUAAUAAUACAUUGUCGAUGAUUAACAAUAAUUCUUAUCAAAAUAAUGUAUCUAAAACAUUGAAUCCAACUGUUAAUAAUCAUAAUUAUGAUAAUCGAAAUGAUUCUGCAGUUGGGUCUAUCAAUUACAGUAAUUUAGCAGCUCAAUUACGCAACGUCGAUCCGAAUUUAUUGCAUUCUAUCAUAAAACAGCAACAACAGCAACAGCAACAACAACAACAACAACAGCAGCAACAACAACAACAACAACAACAACAAUCGCAACCAAUGAGGAUGCCGGACAUGCUGAUGAACGCUAGAUUAAUUAGAGCCAAUACUUCUGUCAGUGGUUCUGCUGGAGCCAGUGCUCCGAGUAUUUAUCCGUCAAUGCUAUCAGUCCCUCUGGUCCAGCCAAUCAAUGGGAUUAUCAACGCUGGCAUUGGGUUGCGUGGGAUCAAAGCUAGACGCGCUGGAGCAUCAAGUGUAUUGCACUUAAGAUUAGAGCAGACGUUUGAUCAAUUCAAACAGCUGGAAAAAGAAAGGAAGAAAUGCGAGGCUGGACUCGCUGCUCAUUUCCCUGGGAAAAGAGUUACUAGUGCUAAUAAUAUUCCAGUGCCGAGGUUACAGGGUAAUCCAUCGAGAGCUGAUAGACUUAUUAUUGAUCAUUUGAGAGAACAUGCUCGAGUUAUUACUCUCAUUGCUAAGAUGGAGCAUUUACGCGGCGUUACUAUGAACGAGAGAGUCCACAAAGCGAUGGAAUUUUGGCUAGAAUCGAUUAAAUUCGUUCAAGAGUGCAGGAAAAAGGAAAUAACUCAUGCCACUAAAAGACAAAAAGAAAAUCCACAUUGCAGUCCUAUUCAUGAUGACAAAGACAUAAUAAUCCUGGCAGAAAGUAUCAGAGAACUAACACGCGCAGCACGUUUAGCACGCUCAGCAAUGUUCAACGCAAUGCAAUCAACUUUGCUACAAAAUAAAGAUCUCGAGAAGAAAAUAAUCGAAACUUCAACUGACGUAAUACUGACUGUAAUUACCAAGGAAUCAGUAGCAUCAUUAUCUUCAUCGUCAGCCUCAGCAUCACCACAAACAGACGUUUUAAUAAAUUCUAACCUCAAAGUCCGCCAUUUCGAAUUUUCAUCCACCAUCUUGUUGUCGACUGAUCUUCUUAAGCAAAAAUGA